UGUUAUUAAAAAACCAUAGUCGACUGCUGUAGCUAGCCAAAAUGGAUUAGAUUUCUGGGCUAAGUGAAAAACUACAGAAAAAAAUGGCUAGCAAACCUCGAUUAGUUAUAGGGGAGUACAUAUGGGCCUCGAGCCCCACCUCCACCGAAUUCGACCUCCUCUUCGGGGGGAAAAUCGUGAAUGUGGAGAGCAGCAGGGUGCGCCUCCUGGACGACGACGGCAAGGAGACGUACAUCUCCAACCAACAGGUGGUCCAAACGAUGCACGUAUCCUCCAUAAACGGCGUAGAAGACAUGAUCAAUUUAGGCGAUUUACAGGAGUACGCCAUACUCAGAAACCUCCACAAGCGGUACAAGGAAAAAUUAAUCUACACAUACAUCGGCGCUAUGUUGAUAGCUAUAAACCCAUACGAAAUCCUUCCAAUAUACACCACCGCAGUGGUAAACAAUUACAGAAACAAACGCAUGGAAGAAGUGCCCCCGCACGUAUUCGCAGUAGGCGACAACAGCUACAACAACAUGAAAACCACCAGAAAAGACCAGUGCAUAGUAAUCAGCGGUGAAAGCGGCGCCGGAAAAACCGAAAGCACCAAACUAAUCCUCACCUAUCUGGCGUCGAUGAGCGCCCAGCACACCUGGAUAGAACAGCAGAUCCUCGAGGCCAAUCCCAUACUGGAGGCGUUCGGCAACGCUCGCACGAUCCGAAACGACAAUUCCUCCCGCUUCGGGAAGUACAUUGACAUCAAAUUCAACAAAACCGGCGGCAUCGAAGGCGCCGAAAUCGAGCAGUACCUGCUGGAGAAGAGCCGGAUCAUAUACCAGAACGAAGGCGAGCGAAACUACCACAUAUUCUACAGCAUGCUGGCCGGCAUGAGCAAGGAGCAGAAGAAACGCUUGGAGCUAGGCAACGCCGAGAUGUACGAUUAUCUGAACAAAGGCAAGAUUUUCACUUUGGACGGUAGAAACGAGGAAAAGGAAUGGUCCAACAUAAUGGCGGCUUUCAAGGUUCUGAACUUCACCGACAAGGAAUUGGAGCAGAUCCUGCACCUGUUGGCGGCCAUCUUGCACUUGGGCAACCUGAAGUUCAAGUCCGGCACGGCCGCCCACUCGGACAGCUGCCAGAUCGCCGACGCCAACCAAGCCGAGAGGGUGGCCCGAUUGUUGGGCGUCGAGAAGUUCGAUUUGGGCGAGGCGCUCACCAAGCGCACCAUCUACGCCCAAGGCGACCAGAUAUCGGCGCCCUUCUCCAAGGAGCAGGCCUCCCAAUCGCGGCACGCCUUCGUCAAGGGCCUCUACGGCCAGCUCUUCACCUUCAUGGUGGACAAAAUCAACAGCGUGAUAUCCAUACACAAGGUGAAGAACAUCCACAGCAUCGGCGUGCUGGACAUAUUCGGCUUCGAGAACUUCAACGUGAACGGCUUCGAGCAGAUAUGCAUCAACUACGCCAACGAGAACCUGCAGCAGUUCUUCGUGCAGCACAUCUUCAAAUUGGAGCAGGAGUACUACAAGAAGGAGGGCAUCGAUUGGUCGGAGAUCACGUUCGUGGACAACCAGAGCAUACUGGACAUGCUCGGCGCCAAGCCGUUGAACCUGUUCGGUCUGAUCGACGAGGAAUCGAAGUUCCCGAAGGGCACGGACUUCUCGCUGCUGACCAAGCUGCACAAGCACCACCAGAAGAACGAGUUCUAUUCGAAGCCCAAGAGCGAGAUGACGCCAGCUUUCGGCGUCAAGCAUUUCGCCGGUGAAGUCUUCUACGACAUCGAAGGAUUUUUGGAUAAGAAUCGGGAUUCCUUCAGCCAAGAUUUGCGCAAUCUGAUGCUCACCUCUCACAGAGACCUCAACAGGGAUCUGUUCAAGAGCGAACCGGAUUCGAAAUUGAAGAAAACCCUCUCGUCCCAGUUCCGAUCGUCCUUGGACAUGUUAAUGAAGACACUAAACGCCUGCCAUCCGUUCUUCGUCAGAUGCAUCAAGCCCAAUCACCACAAGAGACCUCAGGAUUUCGACAGGAACCUGUGCACCCGCCAGUUGCGCUACUCGGGCAUGAUGGAAACGGCGAAAAUCCGCCAGGCGGGCUACCCGAUCCGCUACAACUACAUCGAAUUCGUCGAUCGAUUCCGGUACUUGGGCAAGAACGUGAAACCCUCGUCGAAGGGCGAUUGCAGAAACUCCUCGGAGACAAUCCUCCGCGGGGUCUUCGACGGCGAGAAACAAUACCAACUGGGCAACACUAAAAUAUUCCUCAAACAACACGAAAACGAGAUACUGGAGUCCAAGAGGAGCGAGAUUUUAGAUAACUCCGUGAAAGUACUUCAACGUGUUAUUAGAGGCUGGGUGUACAGAAGGAGGUUCCUAAAACUCAAGAGAGCCGCUCUCGUCGUGCAGAAAUACUGGCGCGCCAGGGGCUAUCGAAAGAGAUACAACAUCAUGAGGACCGGCUACAAGCGAUUGCAAGCCUGCAUAGUCUCCAGGCAGCUCACUUACGCCUUCUUCAGAAUCAAAAAGAACAUUAGGACGAUACAAGCGAGAUGCAGAGGGUACUUAACCAGAACCAACGGCCAAUACGGGCAGAUAUACAAAAUUAUACAGGAACGGAAACUGGACGAGAAAGAGCUGAAAGCGCGCGGCGUGAAAAAUUACUCCAUCGAAGCCGAGCUGAAGAUGAAGGAAAAACUGGCCCGACUCAACGUCGAAUACGAAGCGAAAUUGAAGCAAGAGAAGGAAGAAUACGAAAGCGCCAUUCGGGUACUCCAAGAGGCCAUCGACGAUAUCGCCAUCACCGACGACUCCAUAUCCAUAAACUCCCACGUAGAGAACAUACAAGCGCCGAACGCCCCGAUCGAGGACAACCACGAGGACCUGAGCGAGUACAGCUUCAGGAAAUACGCGGCUACGUAUUUCUCCAGCUCGGCGAAUUACCAGUUCUCCAAGAAGCCGCUGAAGGAGUCCCUGCACUAUUUGCCGACGCCCGACGACGUGAUCGCCGCCCAGGCCAUUUGGAUCACCAUACUCAGAUUCAUGGGCGACUACCCGGAGCCCAAAUACGAGGAUAAAAAGGGGAACGAACUCAUCAUGAACGUCGUCUCGGAGACGUUGAGCAGAAGCUUCACCAACAGGAAAGAAUACCAGGAAAUUAUGGAGGAAGAAAGGAGGUACAAGGAAAUGAAGAAAUCGGACAGGAGGAAACUGAUAUCGUUGACGCUAAAGAAGAAGAACAAAUUAUUAGACGAUCUAAGGGACGGUCAAGUCGAAGACACGUUCGCCGUGGAUCGCUACAACGAAUGGUUGCACCGCAGGAGAACCAACAAUUUGGAGAAAUUGCACUUCAUCAUCGCCCACGGCAUUCUCCGGCCGGAAUUAAGGGACGAGAUAUUCGCGAUGAUCUGCAAACAGCUGACCAACAACUACAUCAAGUCGUCGUUCGCCAGGGGCUGGAUACUGCUGUCGCUUUGCAACGGCUGCUUCCCGCCUUCGGACCGAUUCGCCAACUAUUUGCGCUCGUUCAUCAGAUCGGGCCCGCCGCGGUACGCGCCCUACUGCGAGGGCCGCCUCAACAGGACCUUCGUCAACGGGCCGCGCACCCAGCCGCCCAGCUGGCUCGAGCUGAUCGCCACCAAGAACAAGGAACCCAUCAAUCUGGAGAUCAAGCUCAUGGACGGCACCAGCCACACGGUCGAGGCGGAUUCGGCGAGUACAGCGGAGGAAAUUCUAACCCAAAUCUCCACCACCUUAAACCUCACGGACACCUUCGGUUAUUCGAUAUUCGUAGCGCUAGACGACAAAGUCAUGUCGCUGGGUAGCGAAAAGGACCACAUCAUGGACGCCAUAUCGCAAUGCGAGCAAUACGCCAAAGAAAAAGGCCAACAAGAGCGCAACUGCCCUUGGCGGCUGUUACUGCGCAAAGAGAUCUUCGCGCCGUGGCACAACCCGUCGCUCGACUCGGUAUCCACGAACCUAAUCUACCACCAAAUCGUCAGGGGCGUGAAACACGGCGAGUACCGCUGCUCGAAGGAGGACGACGUCGCCAUACUCAUAGCGCUCCAGUACUACAUCGAGAACGGCGCCCAGUUGAACAAGAACGUGCUGCACACGCGCAUGGGCGAGUACAUGCCCACGUACCUGGUCAAGCGGGCGCAGAACGACCUGUCGAACUGGGAGCGCAAGAUCCAAUCGGCCUUCGUCAACUUGGACUGCGUGCGCAACAAAAUGCCCGCGUUGCAGGCCAAGGAGACGCUGGUGAAGUACGCCCAGGUCACCUGGCCCAUACUGUUUUCGCGGUUCUUCGAGGCCGCCCAGCUCGACGGGCCGGCCCUGCCUCGGAACAAGAUGAUCAUAGCCGUGAACAGCGCCGGGGUGUUUCUAAUCGACGACGAGGAACAGAUCCACAUGGAGCUCACCUUCGCCGAUAUCUCGUUCGUCACCUACGAGAACAACAUGAACAAAAUGGUGUUUAGGUUCUGCACCGUCGACAACGAGGAGUACGGUUUCCACACGCUGGACGCCCAGAGCAUUUGCGGGCUGCUUCGGUACAUUAUCGACGGUUUGAAACGGAGGUCGGUCUAUUGCGUCGCGACGCACGAUUGCGAAUCGAGUGCCGAUACGUUCCUGGAGCUACGCAAAGGCGAUUUGAUCGUGCUGAAGGACAAUUUGAACGGCGAGAAACUGAUGACAGCCACGUGGGGACGCGGCGAGUGCCGGGGAAAAACCGGCGAUUUCGCCACGGAAAACGUUUACAUACUACCCACUCUCACACCGCCGCCCUCAGACAUCCUGCAGUGCUUCAAAAAAGACGGAAUCGUCACGGAGAAACGCCCGGAAAAAGUGGUGACGACUCUCCAACGAUUGAAAAUGCACACGUUGGCGGGCUACGCCGAGGAGCACUUCAGGGCCGGCAAGUCGGCCAGCCAGAACAAGACGACGGUGUUCAGCGCCGCGCGGAAGGCGUCCAAAGAGGAGCUGUGGAAGUACUCGAACGAGCCCAUCUACCAGCCGCUGCUGAAGCACCUGCUGGGCGACGAGGGCGCCAGCAAGGAGGCCUGCAACAUAUUCACGGCCAUACUGAAGUACAUGGGGGACCUGCCGGCGCCGAAGGCCAAGUACAGCAACGAGUACACCGAUCAAAUAUUCGCGGGGCCGCUGAAGAACGAUCUGUUGAAGGACGAGGUGUACUGCCAGAUCAUGAAGCAGCUGACGUUCAACCGGUUGUCGGUGAGCGAAGACAAAGGAUGGGAAUUGAUGUAUUUGAUAACCGGUUUGUACGCGCCCGGCGAUAAACUGCUGGCGGAGGUGUACAAAUUUUUGAAGUCGCGAACCAACCCGAUCAUCGAGCAUUGCCUGAAGAGGUUGCAAAAGGCCCAGAAAGUGGGCCAAAGGAAGUACCCGCCGAACGCUAUCGAAGUGGAGGCCAUCCAACACAAGAGCAUGGAAAUCUUCCACAAGAUCUACUUCCCGGACGACACCGACGAGGCGUUCGAAAUCAAUUCGACCACGAGGGCCGUGGAUUUGUGCGAUAGCAUCGCCUCGCGAUUGGAGCUCAAAUGCACCGACGGCUUCAGCUUGUUCGUCGCCAUAGCGGACAAAGUGUUCUCGUUCCCGCCCGAGCAAUUCUUCUACGACUUCCUGAGCGAGCUCGUCCAGUGGAUCAGGCGCACCAAGCCCAGCUGGGGAAGCGCGAUACAAAUCCAAGCGCAGUACCAAAUCUACUUCAUGAAGAAGCUGUGGGUGCGCACCGUGCCGGAGAAGGACCACUACGCCGACCAGAUAUUCCACUACCACCAGGAGCUGCCGAAGUACCUGAAGGGCUACCACAAGUGCGGCAAGCAGGACGCCAUCAGACUGGCGGCGUUGAUACUGAAGGCCCGGUUCGACGACAACGAUUCGGAGGCGAUGGCGGCGCUACACCAGGGCGUCAAGGACCUCAUACCGGCGGAUAUCUUCAAGGCGGCGAAUUCGUCCGAUUGGAAGAAGAGCAUCACCGGCGAGUACAAGAUGCUGAAGAUGACGGCCGAGCAGGCCAAGACGGAGUUUUUGAAAAUUACUUACAAAUGGCCGACGUUCGGUUCGGCUUUCUUCGAGGUCAAGCAAACCACCGAGGCUACCUACCCGGAAGUCGUGGUUAUAGCUAUAAAUAAGAGAGGAGUCAACAUAAUUCACCCGCAGACUAAGGAUAUAAUAGCAACGCACGAGUAUUCGGAACUGAGCAAUUGGUCCUCGGGUAACGCUUAUUUCCAUAUGACCGUAGGAAAUAUCAUGAGAACCACAAAAAUACUGUGCGAAACGUCCCAAGGUUAUAAAAUGGACGAUUUAAUUUCAUCUUAUACUAAUUAUUUAAACGAGCACUUGGGAGAUAAGUAAGAUUUAAGAUGUUUAUUGUGUAUAUUUUAAUAAACUUUUAUUCAAUUGGAGUCAAAACAAUGCGUAUGGUAAGUAAAUUCUUUAUUUUAAUAACAGCUUUAUAAUUUAAAGUUGGUCCUAACAAUUAAAAUACUUCACCAGUUUAUAAAUUAUUAAAUUUAUACAAAUAGGAUUCACGCGUUAUUAAUAAGAAUAAAAAAACAUAUACACCUCGAGAAUCGCGACAGAUUAGCUCUCUAAUAUUAUAUAAAAAAACCAAACUAUUUUACAUUUACCUUAAUACUGGAAAUAGAGAAUUAUGUAUAAGUAUUUACAGUGUGUUUCAACAUAUACAUUUUUUAUCAUAAAUUUCUAUUAAAUAUAACAAUAAAAUCGAACUCGUUAGUCCAAUUGAAACACUCUGAUCUUAUAAAACAAAUCACAAUCGAUUAAAACUACAUACGUAUAAAAACAAAGUAACUUCAGAACACGUUUACAUGCACGUUAAAAACCGACGCGUUUGCGAUGAGAGUAUUCGUUAAAUUCACUAAGCUCGUUCGAAAAGUGCCCGGGCUUGGAAAUUCCUCGAUCGAACAUUACAAUACUCUUAGUCAACGAGUCGAGAAAACUUAAAAAUCGAGUUCAUCUCACAACUGCGACGAGCUGGUGCUCUCGUCCUCCGAAUUGUUCUCCGACGCCAUGGCCUCGCCGGCGAGGUGCCUGGGGGCGGGCAGCGCCUCCGCCGCGCCGCCGCCGCCGCCGAGCACGUCCGGCAGCGCCGGCAACUCCGUCAGGUCGUCGUCGUCGGCGUCGUCGAGAUCGUGCCCGUCGCGCCACAUCGGCGACAGCUCGAUGACCGGCUCGCGUCUAAACGACAAAUCAGAAUUUACUCGAUGCGUUCGAGGCGCGCUCGUUCGGUUACCUACUGGAAGUCGUUCGGCACCGACGAGGAGAUGGGGCUCUGCCUCGGCUGGUUUUUGAUGCGCGGCCGCUUGAACUUCGGCGUCGACGUCAUCCGGUUGAUGAACCUGCUCGCCAUCGCGUCCGGGUCCUCGUUCAUUUCCAACAUGUAACUCACCGAGUCCGAUUUCUCCACGAUUAUUUUCACUUUGGGCGUCGUUUCGUCGACGCUGUCGUCGAAGAACUUGCGGCUCUCCUCCUCUUUGCCGUUCAAUAAUCUAAAAUAUGCCAGAAAAGACAAGAAUAAGUCUAUGAAUUGAUUAUAUUCCAAACAAAUUUGCAUAUAACGAAACACCUCUUACCGGCUGGGCAUUUUUUCGCGCAACGACAGCGACCGUUCGAGCAGCAUUUUCCUCGAAUUGGACUCCCUGCAGCUGGCCGACAAUUUCGACCGGUUCAAACCGAUUCCGUCGGCUUGUUCCACCACCUUGGUCAUCACCUCCUUGUUCUGCCUCAGCUUCCACAACAGCUCCUCGUUGUGCAACAGGAUCCUCUUCCUCUGCGCCUGCUCCUCCUUCAGGUUCUCCUUCAAUUUGAAUAUCUCCUGUUGCAAGCCGCUGCAACGACGCAAAAUCAUCAACCAUUAAUUAACUAUCAUCGAUUAAUAAUUACUUUUCCGUUGAAUUUUUCACGUCCAAUUGGAACUCGAGCCCCUCGCACUUGUCGUUGAGGUACCUGGCCUUCUCCUCGAUGCCGACCAGCUCGUCGACCUUUUGCAGGGCCCUGUUCAGCUCCUUCCGCAGCUCGGUCAUCUCGUCCUGCUUCAUUCUGAGCACGACGGUCAAGGAGUGGACGUCCUGCGAGGCGAAGCAGCUCUCCUCGUUGCUGACUUCGAUGAAGCUGUUGCGCUUCUUCAGUUCGUCGUUCUCCUGGGCGAGGCGCUUCAGUUUCUCCUCCAGCUGGGCGUUGUGCUGCUUCAGUUUGUGGACGUUGCCGAGCAGGAGGGUUUCCUUCGAUUCGUAGUCUUCUUUUAGUUUCUUGCUUUCGUAUCUGGGGACGAGGAAUAGUCUGGUUUAUGGGGAAUAGUGCGGUGGUUUUGGUGUACUCACUUUAGCUUUUCUAUUAGCGCGGAUUUCUCUUGGAUUUGCUCCAAUAUGGAGUCGUUUUCCUCUCGGACUAUCUCCAGGGAUUGCCUGAAUUCCUUCUUGCGUUCUUCGACCUCUUCCUCGUGCUGUUUCGAUAAGUUCCUGCGGUCGUUUUCCCUUUCGGAGACGAGCCGUUGCUCUACGUCAGCGUAAUGUCGGUUUA